UGCAGACCACCAUUAAAAAGAAAGACGAAGAAGAUAAACCAAAACAAACUGAGCUGUGGGCAUACACGUCGUGAGUCCGCCGCAGUUUUACAGGGUCGUCUGUGUCGUUUCUACCUCGGACACCAAACUCCUAUUUUAUCGAAGAGAAGAAGGCAACAUGACGCUGUGUUAUAUCACCGGGGACCUGUUCUCCUGUCCGCCGGAUGAAUCCUUGGCGCACUGCAUAAGUGAGGACUGCCGUAUGGGCGCAGGCAUAGCGGUUCUGUUCAGGAAGAGGUUCGGUGGGGUGUCGGAACUAAAGGAGCAGAAAAAGCAGCCUGGACAGUGUGCCGUGCUGAAACAGGGCCAUCGUUUUCUCUACUACUUGAUCACAAAGAAAAGAGCCAGCCAGAGACCCACCUACAACUGCCUGAGACAGAGUCUGCAGGACAUGAAGUCUCACUGUGUGAAAAACAACGUAACGAGAAUAUCCAUGCCUCGGAUUGGGUGUGGCCUAGAUCGCCUGGAGUGGUCCAAGGUGUCUGCGAUCCUGGAAGAGGUGUUCAAAGACUCAAACAUCUCCAUCACGGUCUACAGCCUCCCUCAGAAAGAAGAGACCGCGGUGAUGAAUGAAAACAUUCACAGAUGACCAUUGGAAAUGUUUGUUUUUGUUCUGUUUACUAUUUGUAAUUUCCAGCACUGCAUCUGUUUUUUACAGAAAUGUUACGUUUGAGAUUUUUAUGUGCAAGUAAAAUAAAAUGAAAUCAAAAUUCACAAAUGUUUGCAAGCAGAGGUUUUCAAAUUUAACUAUUGAACAUUCAAAUUUAAAAGAUCUUUUUUAUGAUAUUGUAACUUACACCAUUUUUAACUGUGUUGAUUAGAAAAGUUUCAAUCAGAAAUUCAUUUUUUUAUUGUCAUUCAUUUUGUAAUUGUUUAAAAUGAGCAGACGAGUCCUUCUGCAUUCCCAGCAGGAAGUAGUAUUCUACUGAGUACAGCAACAUGAUGACCAGGCUCUAAAAGGAAAUCUGUCUCUAAGGACUCUUUGAAACUCUAUAAAAAGCUCAUAGUAGAUGGACAGAUGCAGAUCUAAUGGACACUUUACAUCCUGCAUAACGCUCAACUGUGGAAACGAUAAAAAAAAAAAAAGAAAUGAACCCUGAUCACUCUAUGGCACAAUAAACCCUUAAAGCGGCUUGUUCUUACAUUUAUAAAUAUAAUCUAUCUGCCACUGAAAGUUGAGAACAGUAUUUACCUGUGAGUUUGUUUUUAAUGAACAGGUUCAUUACUAAUGGUUCCCCUCAGGACAUUUAGUCCGUUUUAUGAACAUCGAGCUAAAGUGAAACAUGCUGAUAUCAGAGAUGCUUGAGCUGUUGUGUGAGAGAGCACAUGGUGGUCUUAAAGAUUUGACCCAAACAGCUCUACCUCCAUCUAUCCUCUAACUUAUCCUCAUGCUGUUGUCAGGUCCUCCUACUGAGAGCAGAAAGGAACAGGUUUAAUUGGAUUAAGACAGAUUUAGGAUUAACAUUUCACAAACUGACAUUUGGAUCUAUGACACCUUUAGUCUUCUCCCCUCCCGGUCGGCUCAUGGAUCCCCGGAACAAAGAAAACAAUGAAUGCAAGUGAACGGAGCUAUAAAAUCAAUUUUCUAAUCCGCUUUGCCUCACGCCCUGAAUCACACUUAUGCUGUACUUCAGUUUAAAUGAAAAGUAAUGAUGAAUGUUUUGACCAUGCCUUUCACUUACUUUGAUAUUUAUUAGUUUGUAAAAAUUCAUAAACUGACUACAGAUCAGAUGUCGCAUAUAUGACGUCAGCACACAUUCUCCUCUCCCCCAGCAUAGCUGCUACUUACCAGAUUUAUAGUGGCUUUCUCCACUUUUAAGGCUCCUUUUUCCUGGAUGAAGGAUAUGAAGCUUGCUAAACUCACAGCCAUUUUUUCUCCGUGUUUGGUGCGAUGACUUCAGUUUGGUGAGACGGGCAUGCUACUACGUUUUUUCCACACAACACCUAAAGUAACGGUCCAGUCUAGAAGGUGAUAAAUAUAUUCAUGAUGCAGAAACAGAUGGUUGUAACUUGGGCUUCCUAUGAUGUAAAUCCACACCUACUUUAAAAUUAGAUGUUUAAUUUUAUUUUUUUCCCGUGUCCUGUCUGGCUGUGAAGCAAACAGAAUUGAUGUCUGAAUGCUGGUGACAAGCCUUACAGAUUUACUCUCAGGUGGAGCAUCAAAGCGUCUGCUUUUAAUGUCACGCCUGAUACUUAAAACUUUAUUGUUAUUGUUUUUGAAUUCUUUGUAAAUAAAAAAUGGGACACAACAACAAUA